AUGUCAACCCUACCUGCGCUCUUCCAGCCUAUCCGAGUUGGAGACUUGGACCUCUCUCAUCGCGUUGUGCUCGCACCCCUGACGCGUUUCCGCGCCGACGAUAAGCACGUCCCUCUACCCGACCUAGUUGCAGAAUACUAUGCACAGCGCGCGAGCAUAGCUGGGACACUGCUCAUCACAGAGGCAACAUUUAUCGCACCAAAAGCUGGAGGAUACCCCUACGUCCCUGGAAUUUGGAGCGAGGAUCAGAUCAAAGCCUGGAAAAAGGUGACGGACGCCGUCCAUGCCAAAGGGUCAUAUAUAUAUCUCCAGCUCUGGGCUCUUGGGAGGACUGCAUCGCCAAAGACCCUCCAAGAUGAACUAGGGACAUCCCCCGAUGCGCCUUCUCCAUACGUAUCAGCGUCCGCUAUCCCACUUUCCACGCGUCCAGCGACUGACCCGCUGCCACGUCCCCUGACAGAGAGCGAGAUCACAGAAUACACAGAGCUCUAUGCACAGGCCGCUGAAAACGCGGUUAAACUCGCAGGAUUUGACGGCGUGGAAAUUCACGGGGCCAAUGGAUACCUCAUCGACCAGUUUCUCCAGGAUGUGACCAACCAGCGCACGGACAAGUACGGCGGGAGCGAGGAGAAUCGUGCGCGUUUUGCUCUGGAGGUGAUUGAUGCGGUCGUGAAGCGCAUUGGCGCGACGAAAACCGCGUUGCGGUUGAGCCCCUGGAAUCCAUACUCAGAUAUGGGCAUGAAAGAUCCCGUACCGACCUUCUCGUACCUCAUCAGCCAGAUUGUUGAGAAGCACCCGGAUUUAGCGUACAUCCACGCCGUAGAGAAGCGCCUGAUCAACGCCGAUCAGGCCCAAGCGAUAGCUUCUACCGCCGAGUACAAGAGUGAAGGCGCAGAGAAUGACUUCAUUCGCAAGAUAUGGUCAUCUGACGGAAAGAGGCGGUUCAUCACCGCUGGAGGGUACACGCUCGAGACAGGCCUCAAGACAGCAGAGCAAAAAGGUGAUCUCGUGGCGUUUGGUAGGCACUACAUUUCCAACCCUGACCUACCGUUCAGAUUGAAGAAUGCAUUAGAAAUACAGAAAGGCGACCGGAGCACCUAUUAUUCACAGGGGAAGACGGACCCUAAAGGAUACACCGAUUACCCAUUCUCGGCGGAAUUUCUCAAGGAGAAUCCACAGGCUAUCACAGUUUCCAAUGGCGGUCAAUCUUAG